CAGACCGCGGACGCCGGGAAGGCUGUACCGGAAUGCGGGCGCCUGAUGGACUGACGGGUGGUGCUGGGCGCGCCACACCAAUGGGAGGAGACGGCGCCGGUCCCCCGGGGGCGAGGGAAUCCCUGGGAGAGGGGCUGGGAAGGGGCUCAGCGGAGAUGCCCAGGUCCCCGAGGGAGGGGCGCGGGCGUCUACGCCCCAGAAGCGCAGCACGAAAACCGCACCGGCUGGGCGCCCAGGGAGGAAGGGAGGAUGCAGAGAGAGUGGAAUGUGAGUUUCGGGGUCCUUUGCCCAGUCUGCCUAUCUGAACGUCUGAGUCGGAACAGCUUGUUGAUUUUGGGGUGCUGUGGUAUCUGCUAGGAUGAGUCUGGAUCUUGUUGGAUGGACCCAGGAAGAGACCGUGGGGAAACCUGUUUACAAAAGGGUUCAUCUUCACAGGGCUCUCCAACCAGAAGCCUGAGCAGAGCACUCCUCCCCAGAGAUGUCCCACCCCAAAGCAAAGGAAACCCCAACUUUUCUUCCUUUUCCCCGGAGGCAGUCCAAGACUGGCCCUGAGAAAGGAGCAUUGCCCUCUUGGGCUGCACUGCUGAAAGCUACCUUUUCCCUCUUCACACCAAGCCUGUCUCCUCCUCUUGCAGGAUUUGCUGCUGUCUUCGCCGCCGCUCCAUCCUUCCCUCAGAGGCCCUCUCCCCUCUCCUGUCUCAAGAUGGCAGCUAGCAGCUCUGAGGUCUCUGAGAUUAAGGGGGUAGAGGAGGGUCCCCAGACCCAGGGAGAAGGGCCUGGCCAUUCUGAAGGCCGAACUGGCUCUCCCCAGGUCCCAGCUGGGGUCUCAGAUGAGCCAGAGACCCUGCAGCCAGGCCCAGACGUCAUGGGGGCCCCUGUGGACUCAGAGCCCAAGGUUGGGCUGGCUCCAGAAACCACAGAGACCCCAACUGGGGCCCCUGAAGCAGCUCAGGCCAGAGACCUCAGCUCAAGCCCAGGAGGGGAAGCAAAGGCCAACUCCAGCACUGAAGAAACAUGCCAAGAGCUAGCAUCCAAACCCGAAGUGAGCAAAGAGGCCACUGCAGACCCGGAAUCCAACCUGGAAUCCGCAGCCCCGCUUGAGCCAGCCUCAGAGCCUGCCCCCCAGCCAGAACCCCAGUCAGAGCCCCAGCCAGAGCCCCAGUCAGCCUCCCAGUCCACCUCCACACCAGCCCUUCAGCCAGAGCCCCCUACCCAGGAGGAGCCCACCUCUGAGAUCCUGAGCGAGAGCAUGGGAGAAAAGCAGGAGAAUGGGGCAGUGGUUCCCCUGCAGGCUGGUGAUGGGGAUGGGGAAGAGGGUCCAGCCCCCCAGCCUCACUCACCACCCUCCACAAAGACCCCCCCAGCCAAUGGGGCCCCACCCCGUGUGCUGCAGCAGCUGGUGGAGGAGGAUCGACUAGGAAGGGCUCAUAGUGGGCAUUCAGGAUCUCCCCGAGGAAGUCUGAGCCGCCACCCUAGCUCCCAGCUUGCAGGGUCUGGGGUGGAGGGGGGUGAAGGCACCCAGAAACCUCGGGACUACAUCAUCCUCGCCAUCCUGUCCUGCUUCUGCCCCAUGUGGCCUGUCAACAUCGUGGCCUUCGCUUAUGCCGUCAUGUCCCGAAACAGCCUGCAACAGGGGGACGUGGAUGGGGCCCAGCGUCUGGGUCGCGUGGCCAAGCUCUUAAGCAUCGUGGCACUGGUAGGGGGGAUCCUCAUCAUUAUCGCCUCCUGCGUCAUCAACUUAGGCGGUGAGUGGGGGUCUGGGACAGGCUGGGAGGAAUGGAAGGGCUGGCAAGGGCGGCUUUACUAACCCCUGCCCCUGCUCUCUCCUGUCUGUUCUCCCUACUUCUUUGUCUCUCCUUGUCUCCCCCAACCCCCCUGCCCCACUGUCUCUGUCUCUCCCUCCCUCUCCUCUCCCACAGUGUAUAAGUGAGGGGCUCUGCCCUGCAUUCCAAGACUUUUUUUCCUGUUGGGAGCUGCCUUGGGCCCAUCCUCCCCUGGGGGGAGCCCAAUCCAUGGCCCAGGCCCGCACCCAUAGGGACCAAGGGAGCCUGAGCAGCCUUGUUUACAGCUUCUUUCCUGUUCCUGCAUCCUGCCAGGCUCCUCUGCCAACCGUAGGCCUCCCUUCUCCCUGCACUGUUUCCAACCUCCCUGCACUUCUGCCUGCACCCCCUCCAGCCUCUCGGCUUCCCUAUCCUUGCACUUCUGGAAACCUCCCUGCACUUUUGGAAUCCUCCCUGAACAUCUCCCCAUCUCUCUGUGCUCUCAGCCUCCCUGCAUCUCUCCCCACCUUCCUGCACUACAACCUCCCCGAAUUUCCUGCACCUCGACCCUGGUCUCCCUUUCCCAACUGUCAUUGUCUCAGCUUCCUCCCCUCAUUCCUUUCUUCCUUCCCACCUAAUUAAUCGCCACUUCCCUCCCCACACCCUCCGCCCCCUUCCUCUUCCUGCCUCCUCAUCUCCCUCCAGCAUCCUCUCCUCCACCCUCCUCCACAGUUUAUUCAACAAAAACUCCAGCAUUUAGAUCAGGCUGGGGGAGGGGAGGGGUGUGAGGAAAGGGCUCUCUUGCCCGGGCUCCGACUGUUCUCUGUUGGGACCACCCAGGUCCGGACGACCCCCAGGGUGCCUCGGGGUCGCAAAGCCGGCCAGCCAGGCCUCAUUUGGAGACUUAUGCAGGGGUGGCGUGUUCCGAACACGCACCUGGGAGAACGGAGGGGCAUGGCUGUUGACCCUCCCUGGUCAGCCUGAGUUGACCUGUCCCAUCUGGGUUUUUUAACCCAGUCAGCGAAUUCGUCGGAGCUGGGGUCAUUCACGUACUUUGUAAGAAAAAGAAGCCCCCAAAUAGGACCAAAGCUCCCAGCUGCAGGGAGCAAGGGAAGGGUGGAGAGGUGUAUUAUUCUUUUCUAAGAGGACGAGAGAGGUUUGUUGCACGCGACAGUCCGCUGGGGAGGCGGGGACCGAGCCACAACGCGGUUCGGAGUUGGCGGUUUUUUUUUUUUUUUCUUUCCCCUAAAAAAAGUGUAGGGAAAAAAACCUAAAAGUCUAAAAACAAACAAAAAAAAAGGAUACAUCAACUGAUUCUCCCUUUUUGUAUGCCGAUGCUGCAUGAGUCUGAGACACCAAUAAACGGAGACUGCAUGA